UUCCAACUUUACUCCUGAUUCUCUUCCUUUCGGAAUUUCAUCGAACUACUCAUCCACCCUAUAUAAUUUUUAUUAAUUUAUUAUAUUCUCAUGCAGAUUAAAUAAUACGAGAUAUCUACCUUUUUCCUCCAUAUAUAAAUAGACACAACGCACGUAACAUGGACCCAAACCCUACAGCAACACACCCUCCACGACUCAUAUCAUUACUAUUGUUAUUAUACUUUGCACGUCAUGAGUUCAAUGGCAAGAGACCAAAAUGAACAAAUAGUAAUCCAGUCUUCUAUCGCCUUGCUUCAAGAAAGAUUCAGACAACUUCAGAGAGCGCGAGAGUUAAGAGCUGAGCGAGAACUCCUUAACCCUAAACCUAAUCACCAAGACACCAACAUCUUACAAUACUACAGCGAACCCGCGAGUUUUGGUUUCUUCCAGUUUCUACCUCUAAAGUGUCAAACAACCUCGUCGCAGAAGCUCCUCUCCCUCUCCUUAUGCCCUCACUCCACCUCUGAUCCCAUUGAAAAGCCUAGCCUUUGUCAUCAGUGGCCGAAUAAAGAAGACAAGGUGGUUGGGGUUGAUCGAUACGACGACGUUGAUACGUCUCUACGUCUCUGAACUCAUGAAAUAGCUCCUUCAUCUAUUUUGUCUUUUAAUUAUAAAUAUGUACGUAUAACCUUUUAUUUUUGGUUGGUAUGUUCUUUUAAGGAGUCUUGUAGGUGGUAAUGAUAUGUAUGGUUCAACGGCGAUCAUAUAUAUUAGUAUUAAUCAUUUCGAAGCUAUA